AUGAACGACACUGAUGCUGAGGAACGAGGCAGUACACCAAGUGAGAAAGAACAACAUGUUUCUUUCUCCAUCUCUUCCAUCGUGAGUACAUUCUGUGAGUUGAGCGAAGGCAUUAAGACUGCUAUCGUGCGUUUGCAUAAGAAUGGUCACUCCUCAUCUGAGAUUGCUGUUUCUCUUCAUGUGAACAGCAGAACAGUUUGGUAUGUUGUUCAGAAGUUCAAGGAGAGAGGAACUGUCUCUGCUGCAAAGAGAUCUGGACGUCCUAGAAAAACUGACAGUCGUUUUGACCGUCGCCUCAAGAUUCUGUCAUUAAAAGACGGCUUCAAAACAGUCCCUAUGUUGGGUCAAGAAAUGUCUGUGGAGACUGGAAUCGAAGCAUCCAACAGGACCAUCCAGAGGAGGCCUUGUGCAGCUGGUCUUUACGGCUUUGUUGCAAAGAAGAAGCCAUUCAUCUUAGAGUGCAACAGGACAAUCGUCUUGCCUUUGUGCGUGAGCAUCAACGUUGGACAUAGGGUCCAGGGUGCCCUAAAAUCUGACCAAUACCUAAGAAUCCUUCAACAAGAAAUGGUGUCAAGCAUGAAAGACUUGUUUUGCCACAACAAAGCCAUUUUCCAGCAGGACAAUGAUCCAAAGCACAUGGGGAAGGUGACCAAAGCGUGGCUUAGCAAGCAGCCGUUUCAUGUCCUUAAGUGGCCUCUGGAGAGCCCUGACUUGAAUCUCAUUGAGAACUUAUGGGAAAUCCUCAAUCAGAACCGGGACAAGUCAAAGAGAAACUAG